UCCCGGCAUGCAGCGCGCCCGCGCAUCCCCCGCCCGCUAAUGUUUUGGCCGCUUCAAGAUGGCGGUGCAGGAGUCGGCGGCUCAGUUGUCCAUGACCCUGAAGGUCCAGGAGUACCCGACCCUCAAGGUGCCCUACGAGACACUGAACAAACGCUUUCGCGCCGCUCAGAAGAACAUUGACCGGGAGACCAGCCACGUCACUAUGGUGGUGGCCGAGCUGGAGAAGACGCUCAGUGGCUGCCCUGCCGUGGACUCUGUGGUCAGCUUGCUGGAUGGUGUGGUAGAGAAGCUCAGCGUCCUUAAGAGGAAGGCGGUGGAGUCCAUCCAGGCCGAAGAUGAGAGUGCCAAGCUGUGCAAGCGCCGGAUCGAGCACCUCAAAGAGCACAGCAGCGACCAGCCCGCGGCGGCCAGCGUGUGGAAGAGGAAGCGCAUGGACCGCAUGAUGGUGGAGCACCUGCUGCGCUGCGGCUACUACAACACGGCUGUCAAGCUGGCGCGCCAGAGCGGCAUUGAGGACCUCGUGAAUAUCGAGAUGUUCCUGACGGCCAAAGAGGUGGAGGAGUCCCUGGAGCGACGUGAGACGGCCACAUGCCUGGCCUGGUGCCACGACAACAAGUCCCGGCUCCGGAAGAUGAAGGGUGCACGCUCUGCCACUCCGGGCCGCCAAAGCAAGCACCCAGCGAAGACGGGACAAUACAGUAGAGCGGCCAGUGGCUCCCCUAAAGAGGGUGAGGGUCUUGGUAUGGAAACCCUAAAAGGAAAGCCAGAUUGGUAUAGCUGCCUGGAGUUCAGCCUCAGAAUCCAGGAGUUCAUUGAACUCAUCCGGCAGAAUAAGAGACUGGACGCCGUGAGACAUGCAAGAAAGCACUUCAGCCAAGCAGAAGGGAGCCAGCUGGACGAGGUGCGCCAGGCCAUGGGCAUGCUGGCCUUCCCCCCUGACACGCACAUCUCCCCAUACAAGGACCUCCUGGACCCCGCACGGUGGCGGAUGCUGAUCCAGCAGUUCCGGUAUGACAACUACCGACUACACCAGCUGGGAAACAACUCCGUGUUCACCCUCACCCUGCAGGCCGGCCUCUCCGCCAUCAAGACACCACAGUGCUACAAGGAGGACGGCAGCUCCAAGAGCCCCGACUGCCCCGUGUGCAGCCGCUCCCUCAACAAGCUGGCUCAGCCCCUGCCCAUGGCCCACUGUGCCAACUCCCGCCUGGUCUGCAAGAUCUCUGGCGAUGUGAUGAACGAGAACAACCCACCCAUGAUGCUGCCCAACGGCUACGUCUAUGGCUACAAUUCUCUGCUUUCUAUCCGUCAAGAUGAUAAAGUCGUUUGCCCGAGAACCAAAGAAGUCUUUCACUUCUCACAAGCCGAGAAGGUGUACAUCAUGUAGGCCCCGCGUCGCCAAGCGCAUGCCUCGGGACGGCUGCAGCGGGCGGGGAGGCCGCGCCUUCCUCCUGCCCCGCAUCCAGUCGGCCACGGCGCUUCUGUUUCUUGCGACCAAAGAUCAGUGAGCAGCGAUAAAUACUCUUUAGGAAGAGAGGAAAUAAGAUUUAAUAAAUUUGUACUUGAAAACAACAUUUUGAUUGGUAGGAUUUUGUAACAUGUCAACCAUUUGAUGCUUCUGAAAAGUACUUUCAACUUUCGAAGGAAACUUUUCUUUAAAGACUGACCUAAACCCCGAGGGAAACUUUAGAACGUUUCAAAAAUAGGGGUCCAUGGUUUCCCCGUGUUUUUGGUUUCUCCCCUUUUGCGAACGGUGAGACUUGGAGAACGGGCUGGUCCCUCGCCACCUCCCAGCGCCCCUGGCCCGGCCUGGGAAAGGUGGUGGUGACGCUGGACCGAGCUGCAGUGACCCGCAAUGCCGCGCCAUGAGGGACACAUGGCUUCCUUGGAGAGCUGCUGCCGUGGGGGGCUGGCUCUGAGGACGCCUGCCUGCCUUCGGGCGUGUCCGCGGGACUGUCUGCGUCUGUGCGUAGGGUCCAUAUCACAUCCCCGUGUUCCGCCUUACUUCCUGCUUCGAGAAUGUAUAACGUGGAAAUCCACGGGACCAAGUUUCUGCAGAGGCCUUGCCGGAUGGUUCCAUAACUGUAGAGUCAAAUUAAUCGUUCAGUUGAGAGUACUGGUGACGUUUCAAAGCAAAUGAACCACCGUAGUUUACACAGAACCAUAUCGUAGAAGUUUGUAGUUAGCGCUUAUUUUUGCAUGUUGAUGUUGACUAGCUAAUAAACUGUAAAUGUAAACCAUGGAAUAAAGUGGUUUUCUAUUUCUCA